AUGGCUUCUAGCGCUCCAGCUGCUUCAGAUCUCGGAAGUGAGGCAUCUGCGGCCCAGAGGCUGCUGCAGAAGCACCAGGUUACGGUCGAAGAGGUACCCGACGAGGAUGACCUGAAGCACGAUGCUGCCGUCUCCACUUUGGCGGCCACGGAAGCCGACGGCUCUGCGGCCAAGCCAGCUGCUGCCGAUGGCCCUGUUCCAUCCUGGGCGCCCACACCGUCUACCAAGGCUGCCGGCAAGCAGAAGGAAGCAGAGCCGGUUGCCAUGCCGAAGCUGGACACCCAGUCACAUGAGCUCUUCCCCGAGCUCGGCGCCCCCAAGAAGGCGGCCGUCAAUGUGGCUCCUAUAUGGAGCGCCAAGAACGGAGCUGUGGCCAAUGGAAACGGCACUGCAACCGGUGCGUCUAACGGCUCCGCUCGGUCGUCGAUGCCUUCGACGCGGGCAGGCACGCCUGCUAAUGCGAACGGAGCAGGCUCUCCUAACGGGCCGCCGUCGUUGUCGAUUCCCGGGCGAAACGUGACGACCGUCUUCCUGGACGACUCGCAGAUUCUCCCUCGCGGGGCCCUGAAGCGGCCGAUUCCCGACAUCAUCAAGGAUAUUAACCGCAAGUCGCGCGCCAACGUCACCAUGGCUCCUCCCAGUGGAGGCAGGAGACGCUUCGACGCUACCGGUCCUCCAGAUGUGGCCCAGCAGGCAUUGAAGGACCUCAUCCAGCAGAUCGGCGCAAAGGUCACGGUCAAUGUGCCUAUCCCGCAGUCCGUGAGGCCGUUCAUCAUCGGCAAACAGGGCGCCACUAUCAAGGCUCUCCAGGAGAAGACCGGGGCGCGGAUCCAGCUGCCCAAGGCGGAGGACGUUGCGGCGUCUGCGCUGGACGACGACGAUGACGCGUUGAUCGACGUGACGGUGGAGGGUAACACCCUGUCUGCCCGUGCUGCUCACGACGCUAUUCUCAAGAUUGUGGGCGAACGCACGGCCAAUGUGAGCACCCGUCUCCGCGGUAUCCCAGCCGAAUUCUACCCCUUCAUCGCCGACCCGAGAAACGGACUGCUCGCGCAGCUGGAAAACAACGGGGUACAGGUUCGCGUGCCGCCUCUGCAGCCCUGGUCGGCGCAGCCGCCGGCUGCUCCAGUGGCUGGGUCACGGCCGGUGUUCGUGCCCGCCGCCAACGACAAUCACAUCCAGCUGGCAGGUGACCGGCUGGCGGUGCAGAACGCGCGGGCCGACAUCGAAAAACUGGCGGAACAGCUUCGCCAGCAGCUCGAACUGCAGCAGACGGCCAUCCCGAAGGGUCGCCAGCAGUUUAUUAUCGGCAACCACGGCACGCCUAUGGAUGAGUUCUUCAACGAGACGGGCUGCGCUAUCGUGCUACCUACGGACGAAGAGGACGACACAGUGACGAUCAUCGGCCCUGCAGACCAGGUCAAUGCCGGGCUCGACCGGGCCAUUGACCUGGCCAUGGGCAUGCAGUGCUCGAACUACGACAUCUCGCGGUUUCACCGGCAGGUCCCGGGCAGUGCUACUGCCCACGCCCGGAACGUGACGCGGUAUCUGCGGGAGCGGCUCGAGAUUGAGCGGCUCGAGAAGGAGUACCAGGCGCACAUCAACACGCCGUUUACGAGCGAGGGUGCACUGCCGUGGGAGCUGUACUCGCGUGACGGAAAGAACGCGUUCCGGGCGCAGUCGGAGAUCAAGAACAUCGUGACUGGCCACCCGCCUUCGCGCAUGGCAACAGUGCCGGUCGACCCGUUUUUCCACCAGUUCCUCCGCAACGACGUGCGGCCGCGGCUGCAGCAGGAACACGGCGUGUUUUUGGUUGUGCCGGACGCGUCUGAGCCGGCUGCACCGUUGCUGCUGGUGUACGAGGGACCGUCGGGUGGUUCUGCCGAGCCGUACGCAGUUCCGCAAACGGCGCCGAGUGCCGAGCAGCUGGCACUCUUCCAGCAGGGCGUACGCGAUGCGCAGAAGCACAUCCUGGACCUUAUCGGGGCACAGGAGGACAUCCAGGCGGUGUCAAUCGACGUGCCGCUGAAGUAUCACGACCGGCUCCGGCGGUUCAUCAAGCAGCAGCAGGAGAAGCGGCAGGCCAACCAGCCGCCUGUGCGGGUGUCCAACCUCGGCUCGGUGGUGACGCUGCGCGGUCCCAAGACGGCUGUCGAGGGCCUCGCGGCGAAGGUGAACGCGUUUGUGGAGCAGGAGAAGGAGGACGAGAAGGAGCGCGGAUUCACGCUGUCGUUCGACUUCCCCAAGGCAUACGCCAACCACCUGAUCGGCAAGGGCGGCAGCAACAUUCGCGACCUCCGCGACAAGUACGACGUGGAAAUCCAGGUGCAGGACGGCAAGGUGGAGCUGAAGGGGCCCAAGGCCAAGGCGGAAGCAGCCAAGGCGCACAUCAACGCGGUUGCGCGGCAGCUGGCGGACGAGGUGACGCAUGUGCUCAAGAUCGAGCCCAAGUUUCACCGGGAGCUGAUCGGGGCGCAGGGCAGCACGAUCAACCGGCUGCAGACGCGGUACAAGGUUCUGAUCUUCUUCCCGCGGGUGGCCAAGAGCACGCGCGACGAUGACUCGGCAACGGACGUGGCGAGCGAAGCGGGCAAGGGCCGGCGACAGCAGGGACCGGACGAGGUGAUUGUGCGUGGCCCGAAGCGAGGAGCGGACGAGGCGCGCGAGGAGCUGAUGACGCUGUUCCUGUACCUGAAGGACAACGCGUACACGGCGACGCUGAGUGUGCAGCAGAAGCAGGUGCCGUACCUGAUCGGACAGGGCGGAUCGGCGAUGGACGCGCUCCGGCAGCAGACGGGGGCGAAGAUCGACAUACCGAACAGCCGCGGCGACCCGGAGUCCAUUGUGGAGAUCCAGAUCAAGGGAACCAAGACGCAGGUAGCAGCAGCCAAGAAAUUUCUGGAGGAGAAGAAGGCGGUGCUGGACGACACGGUGACGAAGACGAUCGAGGUGGAGAAGAAGUACCACAAGGCGCUGAUCGGCACAGGGGGCAGCGGCAGCACGAUCAAGGUGGAGGGCCGCAAGGCGGUGGUGGACGCGAUCGUGGCGCAGAUCGAGGCAUUUGUCAACGAGCGAGCGAGCCAGAUCUCGAGCGUGUUGGACGUGCCACGGGACAAGCAUCGGGCGUUGAUCGGACGAGGCGGCGAGACCCGACGACAGAUGGAGGCCAAGUUUUCGGUGACGGUGGACAUUCCGCGCCAGGGUGAAGACCGGACGGAGAUCAAGGUGACGGGGCUGCCGGCGAACGUGGAGAAGGCCAAGGAGCACAUUCAGUCACUGGUGCGCGAACAGCACAGCGUGACGGUACAGGUGCCAAGGCGGGUGCACCAUGCCGUCUCGAACAACGGGCAGUUCUUCCGGCGGAUGCGCAACGAGAAUCAGGUGACGGUCGACCAUGCGGGCCAAGCGAUUCCGCCACGGCCGACGGGGCCGACGGCAGCGAUGCCAGUCAACGGCAGCGGGACGGUGCCGCUGAUCACCGAUGACGAGGAGGCAGCAGCUGGUGCGCAUUCGUGGCGCGUGGUGGAGGCGACGUCGUCGGAGGAGGGCGAUAUUCCAUGGGUCCUGCACGGCUCGCCCGAGAACGUGGAAGAGGCUCAGCGGGCACUGGCCAAGGCGAUCGAGCAGCAGGGCCAAGGCGGCGGAGCGACAGGCUAUCUGCUGCUGCCGGACCCGUCGGUGUUUCGGCAUAUUGUCGGACACGGCGGCAAGAAGAUCGAGUCGAUCCGCAAGCAGAGCGGAUGUCGGAUUCACGUGCCGCAGGGCCGGGCUGGCAACGAGCCGAUUGAGGUUGUGGGCAGCAAGGAGGGCGUGGAGGUGGCCAAGGACCUGAUCUUGGCGGCGGUGACGGAGGGCGCAAAGAAGCCAGAGUGA